AGUAGUACAAAGCAGAGAACAGAGAACAAACAAACAUUAUAUAUCGCACCAUCUCAAAACCUACUGAUCAUCAAAGUUGAUUGGCCAGGGAUCUCCUCCAGCCUGUAAUUAACCACCACUUCUCAUUCUAGCUCAAAAGUUCCAUUAAUUCCACUCUUUUUCUUUGUAUAAAACCACGCUACCCCCAUACACCUCCUCAAACAGUUACACUACCCAACACUCUCUACAACACCACCAUGGCAGGUCCCCGCCGCGGCGGCAGAAGCACCGGGACCGCCCCGCGCAGGCGCCUGAGCCCCCUGCGCUGCAUCGCCAUCGCCCUCGCCGCCGUCAUCGUGGUUGCGGGCCUUGCGGUCCUCAUCUUCUGGCUCGCUGUCCGCCCCGCCCCGGUCGAGUACACCGUCGACGGCGCCAGCCUGCGCGGCUUCAACAUCACGGCCCGCGGGGACGCCCUCAACGCGACGUUCGACCUGACCCUCCGCGCCGACAACCGCAGGAACCGGAAGGUGGCGCUGUACUACGACAGCUUCGAGGUGGCGGUGUGGUACGGCGAGCAGAUGCUGGCGUUUACGGAGGCGGCGCCGUUCUUCCAGCCGCGAAGGAACGUGACGAGGAUCGAGGCGGCGCCAGCAGCGCGGGAGGCGCCGCUGCUCCCCGACGUCGCGAGGAACAUUAAGCACGACCGGUCGGCCGGGGAGCUGCCCGUCGAGGUGAGGGUCCGGGCCAGGAUCCGGUUCAAGGUAGGAGUGGUGAAGACCCGGCACUACAUGCUCAGAGUGUACUGCCCCCAAGUCAUUGUAAAGCUCUCGUCGCCUACGUCGUUUGAUCGAGUGUAUUGUGAUGUUGAUAUCUGAGUGUGUUUUUGAGGUUAAUUAAUUAGAUUGGUGUGUUGUUUGACGAGGUUGGAGAUGUUAAGUAAUUGAUGAUUGGAGUGCAGUAACUAUGUUUUGUUUUUUUAUUAUUUUUGGAUUCGUAAUAAAAUCACAUUCAAGCAGUAAGCUAAAUUGAUUCAAAAGUUCA